AUGCAUUCUCAAAUGCGACGCCUGCCUGCUGAGCGGGCGCGUCACGCCAAACGACGUCCUGCUGCUUCGCUAAGUGAUCCCUUGGCUUGGGAAAACCCUGGCAGUGAUCCUGCCAAUCUAUUUCCACUUGGGAAUUCAGCAGCUAAUACCAACAACAACGUCGACGCGGCAGCGCCUGUUCCACCCCUCAUACCGCUUCCAACUACAUCAGCUCAGACAACGACAAAAGCUACGGUGACUUC